UAGUAUUACAACGGCUAAACAAUAUCAUCAUCACCGUCGGUUUUGAGAGUAUUUCAGCUAUGAUACAUGAAGAAUUUUCCAAGGCAAAUGUAGUUCCAACGGAACUACAUUUCGGGGUUUCUUUACCGUCAUAUGGAGAAAUUUUCAGAAAAUGUGACUGGUGGGAUUUGCCAGAAGGUUUAAUGUGUUCAAAAUGCUACAACCAGGUAUCCAAUUUAUUUCUUUCAAAGGAUUUUAAAAAACGUGUAUGUGAUACCUGCGUUAAAGACAGAGAUCAACAAGUAGCACAAUCACAUGACGUGUCAUUGAAAUUGUUAAAAUAUUCCCAAUUCACCACAAACAGCGUGAAUCACAUUGCAUUUGUUGGUCGGCAAUCCAGAGGACGUCCGCUGAGCAACGAAAGUUUCGAAAUCUUAAAAGAAUUUUCUCGCAACUGGAGUGAUUUCCCAUUAAGAACAACAAGCAUACAGAAUGACAUUGGUAAUUUCGGUGGUAAUGGUUCAGCGUUAGCAGUUUACUCAGCCAUGAAUACCAGAUUGCUGAAAAAUUCGAAUGGCAAUACUUUUUUACCAUUGUCGGAGUUAAUUGCUAGGUUAAGUUGCUUUUACCGACCAGGAUUAGACCACAUUACAAUUGUGUUCUACACCUUUACUGCUUUGUCAGUAAAAGCACAAAAUUUGCUUAGAAUUAUUUUGGAUUUGCAAAAAGCCAACAUUCCAAAGCAAAACAUUAAUAACUUUUCCCGAACUCUGUAAAGAGAAUCAUAGACAUUUAAGUUACAUAAAUUCAAAAUAGAAUCAAUCGAUGAUCGGAACGUUUAGCUACCUGAGUGCCGACAACAACAAUCUGUGGUAACUGAAUUGUGUCUGCCCCAACUGUGUGAAAAACAUCUUGAAGUUUGUUAAUGACUGG